AUGGCUGACUUCAAUCAGCCUUUUCGUCCAGGCGAAGCAGUGAUUCCAGCUACUCAAGUGGAAAUAAGUGUGUCAUGCAGAAAUCUUCAAGACAAAGAUAUUCUUUCAAAGUCUGAUCCAGUUUGUGUCCUCUUCACAAAGGAGACAGGAAAUAACCAGUAUUUUGAGUAUGGAAGAACAGAGAUGAUCAAAGACACCUUAAAUCCAGAUUUUGUGAAAAAGUUCAACAUUAAUUAUUUUUUUGAAGAAUGCCAGAAGUUAAAGUUUGAAAUAUACGAUGUGGAUACACCAGGCACCCGACUAGAUCAACAGGAUUUCUUGGGAAGGUUUGAAUGUACACUAGCUGAGAUCAUCAGCUCACCCUCUGGAAAGUUAGAGAGACCAUUAGGAGGGCCUGGGAAUGCCAAAAGAGGAAGUAUCACAGUUCGAGCAGAAGAGCUAUCAAACAGUAAGGAGGUCAUUCAUUUUCAAUUCAAAGCCACGAAUUUGGACAAAAUGGACUUUUUUGGCAAGUCUGAUCCCUUCUUGGUGUUUAAGCGAGCAAAUGAGGAUUCAAGUUAUACAGUGGUUCACAAAACAGAAGUAAUCAAAAACACCCUCAAUCCUACCUGGAGGCCUUUCAGCAUUAGUGGAAGGGCACUCUGUAAUGGAGAUUACGACAGAACUAUUAAAGUGGAGUGCUAUGACUGGAAUAGCAAUGGAACGAGUGAUUUUAUUGGAGAAUUUGUGACAAAUUUAAGGGAGUUGACAAGAGGAGCAGGCACAUCAAAUAACUAUGAGGACGAUAGAUCUUCCCAGCAAUGGGAAGUAAUCAACCCACAGAAGAAAAAGAAGAAAAAAUCAUACAAAAAUUCAGGCCAGGUGCAUCUUCUAAGUUGUAAAAUUGAAACUCCACACACGUUUAUAGACUUCAUCAAGGGUGGAAUGCAGAUGAAUUUUACAGUAGCGAUCGAUUUCACAGCCUCCAAUGGAAACCCCAGCCAACCAAAUUCCUUACACUACCUAAGUCCAUACCAACCAAAUGCCUAUGCUAUGGCAAUUCAGUCCGUUGGGGAAAUUAUUCAGGAUUAUGACAGCGAUAAACUUUUCCCAGCCCUUGGGUUUGGGGCUCGAAUCCCACCUAAUGGAGUUGUGUCACAUGAAUUUCCUCUGAAUUUCAACCCACAAAAUCCAUACUGCCAGGGAAUAACUGGAGUGCUUCAGGCCUACUAUCAGAGUUUGCAGUCUGUACAGUUAUAUGGACCUACAAACUUCGCUCCAGUCAUCAAUCAUGUUGCCAGAUUUGCACAAUCUAUUAGAGAUGGUUCUCACUACUUUGUCCUGCUCAUCAUCACGGACGGUGUGAUCUCGGACAUGCCACAGACAAUCAGUGCCAUUGUUGCUGCAUCAUCACUACCAAUGUCAAUCAUCAUAGUUGGUGUGGGAGAUGCAGAUUUCACAGCCAUGGAUAUACUUGAUGCUGAUGACGACCCCCUUGUCUCUAAUGGCAGAAGAGCAGAACGAGAUAUUGUCCAGUUCGUCCCACUGAAAAACUUUGUGAAUCGACAAGGUAUGAAUGUACAGCUAACCCAAGCACGACUGGCCAAGGAGGUGCUUGCUGAGGUUCCUACUCAGGUGAUAUCUUACAUGAAGAAGAACAACAUUGUGCCUAAGCCUACAACUCGGGCAUCUGCACCAAGUCUGCCACAAGGAAGCGCCAUGCCUCCCAGUGGAUCAGUGCCCUCAUGGCACAAAUAGUGAUUUCUUGUAAUGCAGGGAUCACAAAUAAAAAAUUCAUAUAAGUCAAGUAACAUAAGGCAGUCGUGUGCAUUGUUGGGUACAUCAUAUAUGUCAACUGCAUAAUCCUAAUGUCAAUUAAUUUCAACCUAUUUUUAACUCACUUUUAUCAAGUAAGGACAGGACUGAGUGGCAGUGGCAGUGUUGGUGUCAGGUUAAACUUUUUAUUUAGGCCCUUCUAUAUAAUAGGCUUUCAUAUAUGGAUUGAUCAAGGAUUGAGGUGUUUUUUUUUAGCUCCAACAUACAGCCAUAGAAGGUUAUUUUUAUUAUGUUUUUUUUUUUUUUUAAGAUUUACGGUCUUGUGAUCAAGAAACUUUCCUUCAGGACUACAAUUUUUGUGCACAGGCCUACCUAAGUGUAAGAGAGGAUGUGAUUUUACCAGAUUUGUCAUUUUUGUGUUUGUGAACCCUGGUAAACACAGAUUUCUAUAAGUCUUUUAUGCAUGGCUACAGUUUCUUUUGCAAACACCUACUUAGAGAAGCUUACUGUUUCUCUGGCAAUCAUCCACAUAGGUUUAAACCAUCCACAUAUGCACUGACUGUUGUCAGUUUGGUAAUGUGCUCAGGCAAUCAUGGAAUUGCAGUGGUCACCCAUGGUGCACAGAUUGUUAACUGUAGGUAGCGAUCUGCAUAUUAGAGACCACUCUCCUCUUGGGGCUCAAACUCCACACAAAGAAGUCUUUACUGCUAUAGCUCAACAUUUGCUCAUCUCUUCACAGUUUUGCAAUUGUCACCCACAAUACAAUGAUUGCCAAAUGCAGUUUGCGAUUUGCCACCACAACAAUUUAUAACUCUAUAAGAUACAAUGUCUCUGCUCCGCAAUUUCUUAUGACAGUGUAAUUAUUUUGGUCUUUCUUGUUGAUUUAAUUAUAAGAUCUUAGCGCUAUCUAGUAAAACAAUAAUAUCUGUGUAUGACAGUAUCAUUCCACUUUAUUUUGGUUUAGAGGUCGGUAUUAAUUUGAAAGUAUCACAUCACUUGAACAGUGUGCAGAUUUACAAACUGCUGAAUCAGGCGAGCUACUGGUGUUCUCUGAAUGCCUUGUUAUUAACAGCUUUGUUAUGCUGUGUUGUUAUUGUUAUAUCUGUGUGUAUAUUCUUGUCUAAAACGGAUAAAAUUGUGUAAGAUUCCUGAUGAUAACAUAUGUGACCCAAAUGUGGAGGAAAGUCACCACAACUUGUUAAUGUUUAGUAUGGGAGCAUUUUUGAACAAGUGUUCUGAUUUUAUCUGAGCUCAGUAAGGGUGUCCUCAGUCAUCAUUAUUUGGGUCUGUAGGAACUGAACAUCACAAAUCAUGUUUACCUGCGUGUUGUUUAACUCAUGAUGAACUAACUCUUUUUUGGGGGGCAAAGUUUGUUACAUGGUAAUUCAUGACUGAAAACAAAAAUGAUUUUCCAAUGGAACCUCCAUUUUGAAUCAUUUUGCAUGACGCUUAGGUCUAUGUCCACAGUGUUUGAUUCAGAAUGACAUUCCAGAUCUAGAUAUCAAGCUUCCCUAACAGCUUCCAGCUGGCAGUAAUUCUGCAAUAGGAUACUUCAUUGCCUGAAAUAAACACACCAAAAAUUUGUCACCAGUGGUCAGAGUAUCCAGUUGCAUAGUACCGUACGCCAUAGUGAUCUUUUGAGGAUAUCAAAAUGUUUGGGACUUAAUGUCUUGUUUGAAGCUACUGGGGCUGCCCAGGACGUCUUUCAUGAAUAAUUCAACAUUGUGCUUUUUUUGUGGGGACUAUCAUCUUUUUAGAGCUGAAGUUUUAGUAACUUUUCUGAUACUGAGAUUAAUUGAGGGGGUGUUGCAGUACCCAGUCUUUCUGCCUGUCUCUACUCUUUAUGCAAUCGUGGUAACACUCGUGUCUUCCAGAGACAUUGAUCAAACAUUGAAGUUUUUGGGAGCUAAUCUACUUACUGAGUUGAAAAAAGUUCAAAUCAUCUUUUCAGAAAUGUGCUUUUUGUUUUAAAUAAUUCAGGUAAUCUUGAUUGAACCGGGUAAAGGGUAUGUAAGGUACCGUUGUAUUGAUUAGUUGAUGAAAUCGCCACUGUUUUGAGCACAAUGCUCUAAAAAACACGGCUUCUGAAUUUAAAUUGGACUAAAUAAGAGUACAAAUUCACUCUUCAAGAGAUUUUAGUUUGACUGCGAAAUUAUUAUCCUGUUGCUCAGUUGCUGACAUAAUUGAAGAAAAUGUGAUGUAACUCAAACAUACUGAAUGUUAUCAGAGACCCAUUAUGAAGCAUCCUUUUUAAUCAACCAAGGUGUUUGUAUUAAAAAAGAAAAAGAAGAAAACCAUAUAAUAAUAUUCUUACAAAACCUAAACUGCUGCUUUCAACUCAUGUCUUGUCCCUUUUGACAGAAUGAGUUUAUACUUUUACUCAAAGGCAGCUUUCCAGGCGAGUUGGGGAGCUAGUCUGUGAUCAAGAUGGGCACAAGCUUCAUGAUUGAGCCAGGGCACAAAUGUUUACCUUUUAUAUGAAGGUGUACUAAAUGUAUCAAGAGCAGAUGUACAUUUGUAUCAGUGUACCAGUAGGUAGCACUAUGCAUGGCUACUGUAUCAAGCGUUUCCAUCUUAACUUUGUUGUUAACUUUACAACAAUUGAUUGUGAGGACCUAAGUAUUUUUAUGAAUGUUAUUUAAUAUUCUUUGCUCUUUUAAGGUACACGUAUUUUUUGGUGUUAAAUUUGUUAAGUUUAGUUUAGUCAUAUAUACAUUUAUCAUAUUUUCACAUUGAAUUAUUUUAAUCAGUAAUUACUUUGUCUUAUUUGUACUUUUAUUUUUACAUGUGAUAAAUAUUAUCAGAUGCUGCCUUUUGUCUUGUAUAGUUGUAUUUUUUAAGUUGAUUUUGAACAUUUGAAACCAUAAUUUGUAAUGGAAACAGAAGUGUGAGAAACUUGUUCAUUUGUGGUGUCAAUUUAUGGUAUUCACCGCACCACUUACAGCUUAUACAGUACGAUAUUCUGUAUUAGGAUAUUACUUUAUAAACAUUGUCAUGUUGAAUGUCCUUCUGCUGGCGUAGUAAUAAAUGUUUACAUCAGUCAUUAAA